CUCUGAAAUGCUAGUCCUGAAGUUUGGAUGGUAACGGAACGUCGCCAGGGACAGAAGGGCAUUUCAUCGCAGGCAAUGGAGCCGCUUGCAGCUUCUCUCCUCCCAGAGGGCUCGAAAGUGCACUCCAUCACGCAGGUCCAGUCGCUCUGGGCCGGCUUUGGCUACGUGUACUCGGUAAUCGCAGAUAUUCCUUGCAGCAGACUUCAGACCGCAAAUGGCCGAGAGGGCGAGGGCGCCCGGCUCAUCCUCAAGUAUGUCGGGGCACCCGUCGCCGAUGCCACGGCCGAGAUGAAUGAGGGGGAUUUGCGCAAGAUUUACUCUUACGAAGUCGAGCAGUACUUUUACAGCGUCCUGGUUCCUUACAUGCUUCAACAUACUGGUGCCGAUAUAGCAGUGGCAGACUGCGUCGGGAACACUCGUCCACAGCGAAUAGCAGCGCUGCAGAAACAGGCAGGCCAAAGUCUAACACAGGUACCUAUCGCUUUGAUGCUAAGUGACCUACGGCCUCGAUUCCCACGGUCGCCAUCCAAACGAGGCCUGCUAGAUGAGGCGCAGGCUUACGCCGCAAUAAGAUGGCUUGCACGCUUCCAUUCAUUUUGGAUGCACAAAGGUAAUGACGCAAUCAAGGAGAUGCUUCGCAACGACUCGCUGUGUCGGCCUCCGCUGUCAGAAGCUCGUCGCCGACGCGCGUCGCCGGAGGUUACUUGGCGCGCGAGUGUCUGGUUGAAUGGUGGAUAUACGUGAGUGCGU